AAAGCACUCCUCAUGUUUAUCGUCUGAACACUAAAUUGGAAGCCGUUACUCAGUUCAAUCCAAUACCUGUGCUGUACGUGUCCACCAUUCACUGAAAUCGUUGAAUAUCCAGAGAUGAAUGACUCGCGCGUGAUAGUCUCUGAGAACGGUACACCAAAACGGUGUCCGUGCACCGGGUUUGGUGGAACGUGCUCACGUGACCAUGCACAUCCCACAGUCACGUCCUUCCCUUGAACGUUCAAUUCAUGCACUGACACCGACCUGUACACCUAGGUGUUAAAGUACGGUUCUUGUGCUGGCUGUAACAAAUUUGGUCCCCGGAACUACGGUUGUCAAGUCGAAAUUCAAUCAUGAAUCCGGCGAACCGAAAUGCACACGCAAUAAAUGGUCGUGUCAGCAAGCUAACAGAGGCGUAUAUACGGCGGUUCGAGAAUAUGCUUGCGCUCCUGCCUAUGGACAGCACGGAUAAGGCGACGACUGGCACUGUCGAGAUGAUGAUGGGCGUGGAAACGAAUGCCCUGGUCCGGGUAGCAGAAGACACUCUUCAACUAACGCGUCAGCUACAAGAACUGUGGCUUUUUGGCACGUUGGACACACUGGGUAAGAGUGAAGUAGAAUUGAAGACAGAAGAAGACGCAAAGGCUGUAGCAGAAGGCAUCGAGAAGCUGGUGAAGAGUGAGAACAUCGUUCAACGAUCUGAUGGUGAGACGCGGUGAAUAAGGAGCGAAAACAUGACCAAAAAGGUCUGUGUUUGGCGGUUGUUACAGCUCUGCAUGCAUUGCUGUGGAAUCAUAAUGUGGCGUGUGUGAUGGUGUGAAUGAAGGACACUAGGUUUAGACGAUGCCCAUAAGGAAAUCUGUCUUGCUCGGGCGGUACAGACAUCAAUAUCCAAAUGAUGAAUUAUCUAGAACUUAAAGUGAAGGCAUAACAGGUACUUAUGAGGUAGGCAUUCCAGGGCAUGCAUGGGGUGAAGCCAGC